GAAUCCUCAUUAUUCUUCCCUUCCUUUGAUCCUCAAUUAAAUUCCACACCCUUAGCUUUCCCUUUCAGUUAUCCUUUUUUCCCCCAAUCAAAUCAAAACCCAAUGCCUGAGCUCGCGGAAACUUACGCUUGCGUGCCCUCAACAGAGCGGGGCCGUGGAAUCCUGAUCUCGGGUGACCCGAAAUCCAACAAGGUUCUUUACACGAAUGGGCGAUCCGUCAUCAUUCUCGACCUUAACAAUCCACUCAACGUCUCCGUUUACGGGGAGCAUGCGUACCCGGCCACGGUGGCACGGUUCUCGCCGAACGGGGAGUGGAUCGCCUCGGCUGACGUGUACGGCACCGUUAGGAUCUGGGGGGCCCACAACGAUCACGUCUUGAAGAAAGAGUUCAAGGUUCUGUCGGGUCGGAUUGAUGAUCUCCAAUGGUCUCCUGAUGGGUUGCGGAUCGUCGCCUCCGGUGAUGGCAAAGGGAAGUCUCUCGUUCGCGCUUUUAUGUGGGAUUCAGGUACUAAUGUGGGUGAGUUUGAUGGUCAUUCAAGACGAGUUAUGAGUUGUGCUUUUAAGCCAACAAGACCAUUCCGCAUUGUGACUUGUGGAGAGGACUUUUUGGUGAAUUUCUACGAAGGCCCACCCUUUAAAUUCAAGCAAUCUCACAGAGAUCAUUCCAAUUUUGUAAAUUGUGUAAGAUUUUCUCCAGAUGGAAACAAAUUCAUCACUGUAAGCUCUGAUAAAAAAGGUAUUAUAUUUGAAGGAAAAAGUGGUGAGAAGACUGGAGAGUUGUCGUCUGAAGAUCCCCACAAAGGUAGCAUUUAUGCUGUCAGCUGGAGUCCUGAUGGUAAACAGGUGCUGACAGUAUCUGCUGAUAAGACAGCAAAAGUAUGGGAUAUCUCUGAGGAUGGUAACGGGAAGUUGAAGAAAACGUUGACAUGUUCUGGCUCAGGUGGAGUUGAUGACAUGCUUGUUGGAUGUCUUUGGCAGAAUGAUCAUCUUGUAACUGUCUCUCUAGGUGGCACAAUUACUUUGUUUUCCGCUAGUAAUCUUGAAAAGUCCCCACUUCAAUUAUCCGGACACAUGAAGAAUAUCAUUUCAUUAGCUUCCCUAAAAAGUGACCCAAAAUAUAUACUGUCUAGUAGUUAUGAUGGGCUAAUAGUUAAAUGGGUUCAAGGUUUAGGAUAUAGUGGUAAAUUACAGAGGAAAGAGAAUUCUCAGAUUAAAUGUUUUGCUGCUUCUGAAGAAGAGAUUGUUACUUCUGGAUUUGACAAUAAGAUAUGGAGAAUUUCUUUUCAUGGGGAUCAGUUUGGGGAUGGAGAUUCAAUUGAUAUUGGCAGUCAACCAAAGGACUUGAGCCUUGCCUUUCUCUCUCCUGAACUUGCUUUGGUUACAACUGACUCAGGAGUUGUUAUGUUGCGUGGUACAAAAGUGGCAUCAACCAUUAACCUUGGUUUUGCUGUGACAGCAUCAGUGGUUGCACCAGAUGGAAGUGAAGCUAUUGUUGGCGGGCAGGAUGGAAAAUUGCAUAUAUUUUGUAUCACGGGUGAUACCCUUAAGCAAGAGGCAGUGCUUGAGAAACACCGAGGUGCAAUUACUGUCAUUCGUUACUCACCAGAUUUCUCAAUGUUUGCAUCUGGAGAUGCAAAUCGAGAAGCUAUAGUCUGGGACCGUGUCUGUCGAGAGGUAAAGCUCAAAAACAUGUUGUACCACACUGCUCGGAUAAACUGUCUUGCUUGGUCUCUCAAUAGCAGUAUGGUUGCUACUGGAUCACUCGACACAUGUGUAAUAAUUUACGAGGUUGACAAGCCUGCAUCCAGUCGUAUGACCAUAAAGGGAGCUCAUUUAGGCGGAGUUUAUGGAUUAGUCUUUACUGACGAAUACAGUGUAGUGAGCUCUGGUGAGGAUGCAUGUGUUCGAGUGUGGAAAUUGACCCCCCAAUGAUGAAGGGGGAAUGGAGAGAUGCCUUGAUUGGACGUUGACUGUUGGUUAAUGUGAUGUAUUCUGAGAUUUCUUUUGGUGAGUUUGAUCAGCAUCAGGUAUGCAAACUGUGAUCUAGAAGUAGGAGUUGGGUGAUUUUGUGAUAUGAACAGCCUUUCUAGUGUGUUGCAUCUGCAAGCAAGUUUUCGAUCUCCAGACCCUUUUGCUGCUUAGACUGUGGGCAUUGGUCCACCAUGCAAACAAGAUGUUGUCGCAUCACGGGGUUUUGCAUUUAAAUGAUAUCGUGACAGGGUCGCAUACUUGAUUCCUUUGUUAUCCAGUUUGCGCAUGUUAAAUUAUAGUGAGUGCUUGUUGUACUGAAUUCUCGUGCUUUCUGUAUCUCCUGCAUUGCAUUUUAAAGUUAAAUGGACUGCUCAAAGUUUUCUA